GUGACGCGAAUGGAAUGCAAACAAUGUAGCGAAUGUCCCAACUGUGUUCCUGCUGCCGCUGCAUUCGGAGACCGAGGAAGGGGGAAAGGGAAGAAUGGGCAGCAAGCAGCGCUCCGCGGGCGGCCGCCUCAGCCCUCCUGGCACAACCACCAGCAUUCGCGGCAGAAGUCGGCAUAGGAAGGGAGCCGCGGAGGCUGCCCCUUGACUCCGCGCUGGGCACCGAGAGAAAGGAGGCGGGGGCUGCAGGCGGGAAAGCCCCCUCCUGGUUAGACCGCAAAGAUACUGAAAAACAGCAAGAUGGAGUUUUAAGAUAUCUCGCUGGGUAAAGGAACUGUAAAACUGUGAGCCAAAGAAGAGUAAAUGUGCCUGCUGCUCUUUCAAGAUAUUUUUGCAGUGCCAUUGAUGUGUCCUUGACUAUGCAGAACGUAGAAGAGUGACCAGUCUAUGCCACAGAAGUCUGCAGUCCUGCUUUGGAAUUGUUAUUUUAUGUUUUAUUGCAAUCUUACGUUAUCAAGAUGGAUGGCAUUGAAAAUCCCUGCGAUUGUAUAUGAUAGAAGUCGGUAUUUAUGCUGAAACAAAACUGGAUUAACCAUGAGGCCAAAGACUUUUCCUGCUACCACCUACUCUGGGAACAGCAGACAAAGACUGCAGGAAAUUCGAGAAGGUUUGAAGCAACCCACCAAGUCUUCCAGUCAGGGAUUGCCAGUUGGACCAGGUGGUGAAAGUUCUCUGGACCCUAAAAUUUUAGUGGGGAAGGAUGCUGCCAGGCAGCAGCAGAUGAGACCAGCUGCCAAGUUUGGGCCUUACCAAAAAGCACUGCGAGAAAUCAGAUAUUCAUUGUUGCCUUUUGCUAAUGAGUUGAGUACCUCCCCUGCAGCUUUUGAAGUCAACAGGCAGAUGUUGCAGGAACUCGUGAAUGCAGGAUGUGAUCAGGAGAUGGCAGUGAGAGCCCUUAAACAGACUGGUAGUAGAAGCAUUGAAGCAGCUUUGGAAUACAUUAGCAAGAUGGGAUACUUGGACCCUAGAAAUGAACAAAUAGUCCGUGUGAUUAAGCAGACCUCUUCAGGAAAGGGCGUUAUGCUAAACAAUGUGAGCCGCAGGCCAAGUUUUGAAGCCUCCAGUGAAUCCUUUCCGUCCUAUCACCAGAUGGGCAAUCCAGCUUAUGAAGGAACAAGUUUUGGGGCAGAAGCUGCUAACAUGCUUAGUGAGGUUCCUAGGCCAUACAUGGACUACUUACUCUCUGCUUCACAGCCUGCAACCAUGAAUGCUCCAGUGCAAAGGCCAACUGGCCUAAGCUCCCACAACAUGCCUGCCAGCCAUCAACAAAAAACAUAUUCUGCUAACAUGGAUGCCUCAGUGAUCAACUACUCAGUGGCUGCUAGUCACAGCAACCAGGCCUUGCAGCUCCAAGGCAGCCACAGCUCAAAUAGUCCACACUACAGCAGGCAGCCUGUGAUGGUGCAGGGUGAGGCCCUUGGAUAUGGAAUCCAGCGGAGCCAGUCUUUCCAAAACAAGUUGCAGCAAGAAGGAGGAGGGUACCCAAGCCUUCCAAAUAAAGGAACGGUUGCUCAGAAUAAUGCUGGCCAUGGGUUCCAGCCGGCACCAGCUAGUUUGUAUAUGCCGCACUCACAUCACAAACAGCCCAUUCCAUCUUCUCAUCCCAUGCAUGUGAUCACCAGAGGGCCCACAUUUCCAAAUGAAUUUUCAGACAGUCCCCCACAGGGUCUAUUAACACCUUCUAGAAAUAGCCUGAACAUGGACUUGUAUGAUAUGAAUAACCCUCAAGUUCAGCAAUGGCAAACAGCCUCUUCCUCUUCCUCUUCCUCCUCCUCCCGCCGUGAUUCACUGCAGAAUCCAGUUCUGGAGGUGUCUCCCCGGCAGCAUGUACCUUUCAGGCCAGAGGCCCAUGUCCCCAGCAGAACCAACUCUUUUAACAACCAUCAGCAGCAGUUGCCAGUAUCCAUGAGGCAGACUCCUCCAGGCAAAGCUGAUGCUUCCAUUUCUUCUCCAAAUACCAUCACUGCAGUCACAUCUGCUCAUAUUCUCCAGCCGGUGAAGAGCACAAGAGUGUUGAGGCCUGAGCCUCAAACCGCUGUAGGUCCUGCUCAUCCAGGUUGGUUGCCUGCACAGUCUUCAGCUGUGGAUGGCUUAGGAAUGAUCGAACAGCACCCCCUACCUGUUGGAGGAGCAAAUGCCUAUCAGUUAGAUGUGGACUAUAGCAAGCAGGAACUCAGGUGUCCUCCACCACCAUAUCCUAAGCAUUUGCUGCUACCCAGUAGUUCUGAGCAGUUUGAUAUCAACUGCUUACGCACAGGAAUAGAGCAGACAAUGCGAGGAGUCCCAAAUUCAGCAGCCAGCAAAGCUGAAGAAAACAGGGAGAGGAAUGACAAAAUCAAAACAACCAAAGUGGAAAAAACGGGCAAGGAUAAGAAACAGAUCCAGACAUCCCCAGUACCAGUGAGGAAGAAUGGCAAAGAUGAAGAGAAAAGAGAGUCCCGAAUUAAGAGCUACUCACCAUUUGCCUUUAAAUUCUACAUGGAGCAACAUGUGGAGAACAUCAUAAAGACCUACCAGCAGAAAAUGAAUCGUCGCGUGCAGUUGGAGCAAGAAAUGGCUAAGGCUGGUCUCUCUGAAGCAGAGCAAGAACAAAUGAGAAAAAUCCUCUACCAAAAAGAGUCAAACUACAACAGGUUAAAGAGAGCCAAAAUGGACAAAUCGAUGUUUGUAAAAAUCAAGACUCUGGGCAUUGGUGCUUUUGGGGAAGUCUGCCUUGCCUGCAAGGUGGACACUCAUGCUCUGUAUGCCAUGAAAACCCUGCGGAAGAAAGAUGUGCUGAAUCGUAACCAAGUGGCUCAUGUCAAAGCAGAGAGGGACAUUCUUGCAGAAGCUGACAAUGAAUGGGUGGUUAAACUCUACUACUCCUUCCAAGAUAAAGACAACUUGUAUUUUGUGAUGGACUAUAUCCCUGGUGGAGACAUGAUGAGUUUGUUGAUCAGGAUGGAAGUCUUUCCAGAGACGCUAGCUCGGUUUUAUAUUGCUGAACUCACAUUGGCCAUAGAGAGUGUGCAUAAGAUGGGGUUCAUCCAUAGAGACAUCAAGCCAGAUAACAUUCUGAUUGAUCUUGAUGGACACAUCAAAUUGACUGAUUUUGGCCUCUGCACUGGAUUCCGAUGGACACACAACUCAAAAUAUUAUCAGAAAGGGAGCCACAUUAGGCAGGACAGCAUGGAGCCUAGUGAUCUUUGGGAUGAUGUGUCUAACUGUAGAUGUGGAGACAGGUUGAAGACCUUGGAACAGAGAGCCAAAAAACAGCAUCAGAGAUGUUUGGCCCAUUCACUUGUUGGAACUCCAAAUUAUAUUGCACCAGAAGUUCUGCUGCGCAAAGGAUACACUCAGCUUUGUGACUGGUGGAGUGUUGGUGUGAUUCUGUUUGAGAUGCUUGUGGGGCAACCUCCCUUUCUGGCUCCGUCUCCCACAGAAACCCAGUUGAAGGUGAUAAACUGGGAGAAUACACUGCACAUUCCCUCCCAAGUCAAGCUAAGCUCUGAAGCAAGUGACCUGAUCACAAAACUGUGUUGCUCUGCUGAAGAGAGACUUGGAAGAAACGGAGCAGAUGAUAUCAAGGCUCACCCUUUCUUUGACUCCAUAGACUUCUCCACUGAUAUCCGCAGGCAGCCAGCUCCAUAUGUCCCGAAGAUCAGCCAUCCCAUGGACACCUCAAAUUUUGACCCAGUGGAAGAAGACAGUCCUUGGGAUAACACUAACGAAGAUAGUGCCAGGGUGUGGGAUCCACAGACCUCUUGUAGUGGCAAACACACAGAACACGCCUUCUAUGAGUUCACUUUCCGAAGAUUCUUUGAUGACAAUGGAUACCCAUUUAGAUACCCAAAGCCUUCUGGGCUGGAAGUAAGCCAGUCUGAGAAUUCUGAUAUAGAAAAUAAAGAUGGACUUGAUCAGACUGGAGCCUGUCAACCUGUAUAUGUGUAAAAUAUUGUACAGAGUGUUUUUAAAAAAUGCCUGAACACUUUAUUGAUAUACAGUACGUAGGGUCUUCUUUAUAUAGACCUUACUCGGGAUGAAUUCCCACUGAGGGUAGUACAGGUCUGGGGAGACAGGGACUUGCAGGGCAAGGGUCUAGAACCAAGCUGGUUCUGAUUUAAGGCCAUUUAGUACUGUAAAUAGCUAAAGUGAUGAGUGCACUUGAAAUCCAGAUGUUCACCAUACUUACCAAGAGAUAGUGCAUUACCCUUCCUAGAUCUUCUGGGUCUGUUGCAUUCUCUGAGCAUUUUCAGGCCUCCACACAUUUUGCUGUUUUUUGGGUUUGCUUUGUUUUAAGUGAGCAAAGAGCACUUAUAUUUGUUUAUAGCAAAGUUGUGUUUUUCCUACUAAAUUAUAGGGAUUAACUUUGACAAAUCAUGCUGCUGUUAUUCUUUUCUCCUUUUUUUAAAAAAAAUGAUCCACCGCACUUAAGUCACAUUUUAAAAGAAUAUGUAAAACUGAAGAACAUGUAAUUAAAGGUCUCUGUGCAAUAAUGUUUAAUAAGAGAGACAGAAAAGUCCAGUAUAGUCUCCUGAAUGUACUGGUGCCAGUUUGAUUUACACCAUUACCUUUAUACGUAUGUUUCCACAUUUCAAAAUCCUGAUAUAAGUUUUGAAGCUGCUUUAUUUCCUUUUGAAAACAGUUUUAGAAUUUAGUAUGAUCAAAGUAUGAGUAAGUGUCAACUGGGGCGUGAUUUCAGUGACUGGUAUGUGGAGAAUGUUGCAUGGGCUGUGAUUAUUUUGUUUUAUUCUGUUUGAAAUUAGCAUUUUCUUGCCAUUCACAGGCAGGCCCUGUGUGUCCUUUUUCCCCCUCAGAAGAACUACAAUUUUUAGAACUUCAGAAUGUGUGUGGUGAAAAAGGUAUUGUGUGGAUGGUUUUUCCAUUAUUGCUGUGUGCCACCAUUACGUGUUUUUAAAAGAAAUUACAGAACUAUAUUCAGAUUACGGAUUUGUGGUGAGUUUAUUCAAGGGAGAGCUUGUUUUAACAGAAUAUUUAUCCUUCCAAAGAAGGAUAAACUACAAAACAUUGCUUUUAAAAUCAUUGUGAGGCCAGAAUAUUUGGCCCCACUCAUCAAAUACAUGAUAGUGCAGUGUUCAGUUGUUUGAAACUCCCCAUAUAGUAUUUAACCAUACUAUUUAGUGUCUGUUUAUGAAGAAUAUAUAGACAAGAAUUUACAAUUCUCUGUGCCUUAAAAUUUUAUUCAGGAGCCUUAUGUUUUAUCCUUAAAAAUAAUUGAAAUCUUAGUACAGUAAUGUUAAGGAUAAAUAAGAGACAAUAUAUUUAGAGUGUAUCAAAGAGAUGAAGUUGCCUUUAUAUUGAGUCAGACUCUUGGGUCCACCAAACUUGCUAAUUCUAGCCAACAGUCUCUUAUGGGCAAAAGUCUUCCAAACCCUGUUAUCUGAGACAUUUUAUCUGGGUCAUCAGGGGAUUGAACAACAGACUUUGUAGGAACAAAACAUGUACUCUGGCAUUGAACUAUGGGGUCUUCCCCAGGUGCAUCAUUUGAUUUUUACAAUUAUAUCAUGUGGUGGCAAAACCACUAUAUGUACCCUUGACGUGUUUAUUUGGGCCUUACAUUUUAGACAGUCACAAAGGCCAUAAAGAUACCUUGUAAUGCUAGAUGCUUUUCUGUGAUUUGCUUCAGGGCCUAGAAACUGCAUGGUUAAAGCUUAUAGAUUGUAAAAAAUGAGAGAUGGGUACUAUCUUCAAUAUAAGAAAUCAAAAGAGAAAGAUUUUUCUGGGAGGCAUAGCUUGCCAUAAUGUGAUCAGGUAAAAAUGAUCAUAAUUUACGAACAUCAUAGUAAUUUCUGACUCUGUUGCAAGUCUUUUAGGAUUUGUGAAUUACUCUGUCUUAAUUAACGAGACAGACCUGUUCUAACCACAUAUACACAGAAGUUAUAUAUUUGGGGCUAUAGCCUUAGAUGUCUAAGUGAAAUACCCAAAUGCUGACCCUGAUUAUAUCUGGUCUGUUGUAUCCUUAUAUAUUAUGAUGGACCAUACUAAUCUUUCAUCUCUAUCAAAAUGCAAGCAUAAUUUAAAAUGUUAUUUUUAAUUGUUUAAAAUAUGCAUUUUAUUAGCUAUAUUAUUCAAAGUGAUAAUGGAAUACUAAAGAUAAUUAAGCCAUACAUAUCUUCAUUUAUAUUCUAUAUAUGCCUAAAUAGAUUUUUCCCAAAAUCCUUAAUUCAGUUUAACAGUCCUUUUUUUAAAAACAAUUGAUUGCAAUAACCCUUGAGGGCAAUAUUCCACUGUGGUUUUGCUUUAAGUUUUUAAAUCCGAAGCAUCAUUUUUUUCCUAUAUUAUUCCACAUAUUAUUCCUUAACAUUUUAGCCUAUCAUAUCCUACCCUUUGUUUAAAUAUGUAAAGGAACAGCAUAUAUAAAUCCAUCAGGCUAAACUAAACAAAAUGAUUGUGUAUUUGUUUACAUUUGUAUGAAAGGAGUGUUCUGAGAUAUGCAGUGCUUGUGAUGUGGUGGUUUAUGAAAGAUUCAGUAUUAGUACUUUUUAUAUAUUAAUGCCAUGUUUUUAUAUUUACAUCUAUCUGACAUUCUUCUAUGUGGUAGGUUCUUCCUCAGGAACUCAAUUUAACUGUUAUUUAUUUAUCAUGUGACUUUCGAAAGCUUCUGCUGGCACAAUUUAUUAUUAUUAAAAAAAAGGAAUCAAAAUCC